AUGGACAUCGUCAGGUUGAACGGGCUGCAGGACACGGUGACGCUGCUCAAAGGGCGGGUGGAGGAUGUGUCUCUGCCUGUGGACAAAGUGGACAUCAUCGUCUCAGAGUGGAUGGGCUACUUCCUGUUGUUUGAAUCCAUGUUGGACUCGGUGCUUUUUGCUCGGGACGCGUACCUGGCGGACGGAGGCUCAGUGUACCCAGACCUCUGCUCGCUCAGUCUGGCCGCGGUGUCGGACCCUCGGCUUCAUCAGGAGCACGUCUUGUUCUGGGACGAUGUCUACGGCUUCGACAUGUCGGUGAUGAGGAGAACAAGCAUCAUGGAGGCCGGAGUGGAGGUGGUACCAGCCGAGGCCGUGGUGUCCCGGGCCGCGGUGAUCCAGACGUUUGACUGUAACUCUGUGUCGCUGUCGCAGCUGGAGUUUGAGGCAGACUUCACUUUGGAGAUCACAGAGAGCGCCCCCUGCACGGCUCUUGUCGGUUUCUUUGACGUCCUGUUCCAGCGAAACUGUGAGAAACAGCUGAGCUUCUCCACGGGUCCACACGCCUCCAAGACUCACUGGAAACAGACGCUGUUCCUGCUGGAGACGCCCCUCCCUCUGACUAAAGGUGAGGAGCUGAAAGGGAAAAUCUGCGUUCGUAAAAACAAGAAGGAUCCUCGCUCUCUCCUGGUCCAGGUCCUGCUCCCGGACCGCAGCCUCCACUACACCCUGCAGUGA